GUGGAAUUAAACCUCUAAAGUGCCACUGUUGGUUGAAAUGUCAUCAUUGGUGUUAGUGAUGUUGAAGUCAGACUCUUUAUAACGUGUUUAUUUUGUCACCAGGUUCUGUCUCCUCACCCGUCAUAGCAGGGAUUAACAUAAGCAGCACUGCAGUGGUUCUACAGUGUGAGUCUGAAGGCUGGUAUCCAGAACCUGAGGUGUCGUGGCUGGACGGUGAGGGAAACCUCCUCUCUGCUGGACCUCCAGAGACAGUCAGAGGUCCUGAUGAUCUCUAUACUGUCAGCAGCAGAAUGACUGUGGAGAAGAGACCCAGCAACAGCUUCACCUGUAGAGUCCAGCAGAAGAACACCAACCAGACCAGAGAGACAGAAAUUGGAUUUAUCAUCUCAGAUGAAUGCUCCGAGGUUUCAUCAAGUUCUGCGAUUCGUAUCAGCAUUACCUUGGCUGCUGUCUUCAUAUGUACUCUGGCAGUUGUUUUAAUUGUAUGGAAAUGGCAACAAAACAAAACCAAGAUCAAUAGGUACCCAGUGGAUGAAACCGAAGCAACCGGACAUAGAGAGCAGCUUAUGACAAAAGAGAAAAUGGCAACACCUGAUGAACAGCUACAGAAGAAAGAAGUGGAAGUUAAUGCGUUAAAGAAACAGAUUAAGGAACAGGAUGAACUGGUAUUUCAAGCGUUACAGGAACUGAGAGAUAAACUUCAUCAUCAAAAGCUUGACGUGGAUAAAGACAUAGACGAAACUGAUACAAAGGUUAAGGAACUGGAUAAAGCACCAAAACAGGACAAAGCACAGGCAUAUUUUCAACUGAAAGAAACAUUUUUAGGGUUCAAAUCUAAAGUGCGCCUGAGGAAUGAAGAACAUGAACAACUUUUACUGGACACCGAUAAACUGCUGCGGAAAAUAAGGGAAAAAAUGGAGAACCACAAGGAACAAAUAAGUGUGUAAGUGGAGGAGAUGAAGAAACUAAGUUGAGGUUUGAAAGGAAACUCCAACUUCAAUUAGAAAGAGACAACUAUCAUUUAAUUCAGUCAGUAGUAUAAUUAAAUAAUUCAAACAAAAGGAUAUGAAUCUGCUAUCACAUAGAUCAUUUCAAACACUCAAUAGUAUUCUAAGUCAUUAACAUUUGAUGUUAAUGUCAAUGAUUUAGAAUGUUUUAGAUGAAAGCGAUGGAUUACAAUCCUUAUCUUUAAAUUUUUUUAAUUUAAGAUUAAUGAUUUAAUUAAAUGAUCGUUG